UCCAGCCUGAGCAGCCUCCUAAGAAGAUGGCAACAGCCCUGAUUCUCCUGACCUUUCUUCUGCCGCUUGGACCUGGUGCAGAGGAGAUCAUCGGGGGCCAUGAGGUCAAACCCCACUCCUGCCCCUACAUGGCGUAUAUCGCAUUUUUUCAUGAUGAUGGGAAAAGACAUCACUGCGGAGGCUUCCUGGUAAAAGACAACUUCGUGCUGACAGCUGCUCACUGCAGGGGAAGCUCAAUGAACGUCACUCUAGGAGCCCACGACAUCAGGAUCCAGGAGGAGACCUGGCAGUUCAUCCCUGUGGCAGAAGCCAUCCCACACCCAGCCUAUAAUCCCGAGGAUAGCUCCAAUGACAUCAUGCUCCUAAAGCUGGAAAGGAAGGCCAAGAGGACUAAUGCUAUGAGGUCCCUCCCCCUGCCCAGGGCCAAUGCCCAGGGUGACUCUGGGGGACCCCUUGUGUGUAACAACAGAGCUUAUGGAGUUUUAUCCUAUGGAAAGAACCAGACCAUCUCUUCAGGAAUCUUCACUAAGGUUGUGUCCUUCCUGCCAUGGAUCAAAAGAAGCAUGAAGCCUCUCUAA